AUGAAUAAUCAGGAGCGAUUAGAGCGCUGGAUGGAGCCACGUCAUCGGCUGACAUCUCAUGCAACACUUAGUAAUGAGUUUCGGGUGCAAUUUGAAGCAGAAAUUGAAACACCGUCUAAUAAUGGUUUAUUAUCAAAUUCAGCAGAUUCUUCUAUUGCAUCUGCUACUUCUUCUGAAACAGCAUCUUGUUCUUCACUUUCUGCCCUUAGUUAUCUUCAUGAGACGCAGUUUGAUCAAUGGGUAGCUGAAUUACGCGCUGGUUUUAAUAUUAUAUUGUAUGGUUAUGGUUCAAAAUGCACACUGCUUACACGUUUUGCAUCUUACUUUUCAAAUCUUUCAGCUGCUCCGGUUUUUAUUAUUCAUGGCUUAGCUCCUACUCUUUCUCUUAAAACAUUACUUACUUCACUCGAAGAAGCUGUAACUACAAUUAAAACUACAAAUGAACUUGUAUCUUCUGAAACUGCUAUAUUCGAUUCAGUUGAUGCCUUGAUGUUUCGAAUUCUUCAGCGUCUUUCUUUAUCUUCAUCAACAAUUACUAUGUCUAAACCUUUAGAUCUACAUCAUGUUUCAUCAACGAAAAUCAGAGGUUCUGCUUCAAACGUACUUGAUUCUUCAUCUGCUUCAGAUUCUCUUUGUUUAAUUGUAGUACAUAAUAUAGAUAGUGAAGUGUUGCGUACAGUAUUGGCACAACGCUGUCUUGCACAAUUGGCACGUGUAUUACCAUUAAUUGCAAGUGCAGAUUGUAUCUGUACUUCACUAAUAUGUACCCGUACCAUUUGGCAUGAUGCAACUACUUUUAUUCCAUUCACAUAUGAACGAACACUACGAUCAUUGCACACUGCAAAAGAAACAAAAGCUUCAAGAGCAGCAAAUGCUCCUUCACUUAGUUCAGUUCGGCAUGUCCUUGCAGCACUAACACCUGCUGCACGCAGUGUCUUUCGUUUGCUUAUCUCAGAACAACUUCAAAUGAGCACAAAAAUUGGUUUAUUAUUAGCAUUUGGAACAGUUAAUAUGAUGACUGAUACUUUUAUAGGAACAACUGGCUCUUCUGAUGUAUCUUAUGGGAUUUUUGAUGGUGUAAAGGCUGAACAACUUUUUAAAUUAUGUGUAGGAGCGUUGGUAGUAAGCCAUGCAGCAGGUUUUCGUGCAUUGCUAACUGAAUUUGUUGACCAUUGUGUUGUUCGAGUCUAUAGAGAUGCUGCUGGUACUGAACGUCUUUCAGUCCCUCUUAGCCGUUCUUCUCUCAUGUCUCUCUUGGAAGAAUUAAAUCAAAACGAAAUAUAG